AUGAGUCUUCUGCCUUGCCCUGAGGUCUUCACCAUCCAAUCCUCUGCUUCUCACGCCUUGAGACCUAGGCUGGAGCUGUACUUUUGCUGUUCCCAGUGGUGUGAGAAACUGAGCUUGGAGAAUGCUGAUGGGAAAAAGGCAGCUGGAAGGAAUGGUGACCAUAUAAAAGGCCUUCAGAGAAUUCUCCACAAUAGAGGCCUCCAGUGUAGUGAAAACCAUUUCACCAGUGCCUUCACUGACCUGAAGGGAUAUCAGUUAGACAACUCCAAAAUCUUCUGUGAUUGUGUCUCACGGCCCAAGUGGCCCUGGCCCUACUGCGUCAACAUACUGGAUCACCACACUCCUCAGAUGGUGGUGGGGACCGGGAGGCACUCUCCAAUCCAGCUGCCCACAGAGGCCACCAUGAAUCUCUCCAGUGCCUGGGACACCUACGUGAAAAGAUGGCUAUGGAGUGUCCAGAGCCCUGGAUGGAUCUGCAACCCUGUGAUGGUUAAGAUCGCUCCUGUGUGUAGGGGCAGCCCACUGGCCUCCCUGGGGCAUGGAACCCCCCUUGCAGCAGGGCCAGCCAAGGAGCAUCCAGGCCCCUGCUCCAAGGAGACUGUACUGAGGCCCCUCAGUCAGUGCAAGAAGAGGAGCAAGAGGUUUAAUGGACCACUGUGGUUCGAAGCCCCAGAGGUGAAGGGCAGGAACCGAAACCCAGAGCCCAAGCUGUUCUCUGCUUUCAAGCCUAGCAUCAAAAACAUAGGGGCUGCUUCCUUUGUGCCGAAGACAGGAUCUCUGAACAGAAGCCAACACUACUGAAGCUUCAGCGUCUGCGUGGAGGAGGAGGAUCUUCAGCCCCUUGGCCAGGCUGCCAUACCACCCGCUCCUGUGCAGAGCCCUGAGUCUUGUCUGGAGAGCUGGGAGAAGAUGCAGCAUUCCUGUGACCUCUGA